AUGACGCAGAGCAAGCGUUGGAAUGACAAAAGACUCAUUUUUGAUUGGCAUCCUGAAGACGAUACAUCAGGAGAUAUGCUACCAAUUGCAGAGCUUCCAAGCUCAAAAAGGAGGGCUGGCGAUCUUUCUUGCCGCAUGGAUCUACUCCCAGAUAAGGAUAUUUCCUGCCAUUGGUCUGAGAAGCCGCUUUCUGCCAUGCAGGAGAGAGACUGGCGUAUUUUUAAGGAAGAUUUUUCACUUUCCACAAAAGGAGGCCGUCUUCCCAAUCCCAUCAGGAAGUGGUCCGAGUCCGGAAUUUCUACGAAUAUUCUGCGGGUACUUGAUCGAGCUGGGUUUGAAGAACCAACGCCAAUCCAGCGACAAGCUAUCCCGAUUGCCUUGGAAAACCGUGACCUUAUCGGGCUUGCUGAAACUGGAUCUGGAAAGACCCUUGCAUUUCUGAUUCCCAUCCUAAUGCUAUUGCAGAAGAGUCCUAAAAUUAUCGAGGAAACCGCUGCAGACGGUCCCUAUGCACUCAUCUUGGCGCCGACGCGUGAGCUUGCACUUCAAAUCGAGGCAGAGGCUGAAAGAUUUUCCAAGUCUCUCGGAUUCAGAGUUGCUUCGAUUAUUGGAGGUCAUACCAUGGCUAGUCAGGGAUUCAGGCUUCGCGACGGUGUCGAAAUUGUGAUUGCGACACCUGGGCGGCUUCGAGAUUGUUUGGAGCAGCGGAUUUUGACGCUCAACCGGUGUAGCUAUGUAGUGAUGGAUGAGGCGGAUCGACUUGUCGAUCUUGGCUUUGAACCAGAUCUAAAUUUCAUCUUGGAACAGCUUCCAUCUGCGCCCUGUAGGCUUGAUGCUUCAGACAUCGAGGAUGUCUCGCCGAUGCAGCAUGGAGGUACCUUUCGUCAAACGACAAUGUUUUCGGCCACCAUGCCACCUGCCGUUGAGCGGCUUGCCAAACGUUACUUGCGGAAACCCGCAACAGUUAUCGUUGGAACUGUCGGUCUCGCAGUGGGGACUGUCGAGCUACGCGUGGAAAUGAUAGCUGAAGAUCGCAAACGCAAUCGUCUGCUUGAAAUUCUCAACACGAUUGAUCACGAUGACCAAGACCAUAGCGAUAGGCACAAUUCAAGCCAUCGGAACCGUGGCCCAAAUAGAGAUCGUCCACAAGCUUCAUCUGAUCGCGACAGUUCGCUUGUUCUGAUUUUUGUCAACCUUAAAAGAACUGUCGACGUUCUCUGCAAGUUUCUUGAUGCUCGUGGAUACCAGACAGUCGGUAUUCAUGGUGGCAAAACACAGGAUGCUCGUGAGCAUGCACUGGGUCGCCUUAGAGACGGCUCGAAGCGCAUCCUGAUCGCCACAGAUGUGGCGAGUCGCGGUCUCGAUGUCCGCGACCUUUCCACAGUAAUCAACUACGAUAUGUCGAAAAACAUUGAGGGGCGCACUGGGCGUGCCGGUCGCUACGGCCUGGCAAUCACGUUUUUGACUCCAGAAGAUGCAGAUAUAUAUUACGACCUUCGGCGUGUAAUUGAGAAAAGCCCCCGCAGCCGGGUGCCGCCCGAGCUUGCCGCCCACGAGGCAGCCUCUGCACGUCCAGGCGCCCCGCGCACCAAACGCAAAAGCGAAGAGACAAUCUACGCCAGCGGGCAAUAA